AAUUCAUCAUAUAUCCAAUACAAACAUAGCAGAGAAUUAGUCCAUAGCAAUGGCAGAGCAAGACAAGGUGAUCCUACACGGGAUGUGGGCCAGCCCUUAUGCCAAGAGGGUGGAAUUGGCCCUUAAUUUUAAGGGCAUACCCUAUGAGUAUGUUGAAGAAGACUUGAGAAAUAAGAGUGAUUUGCUUCUAAAGUACAACCCUGUUCACAAGAAGGUUCCUGUACUUGUUCAUAAUGGAAAGGCCAUUGCUGAAUCCAUGGUGAUCCUUGAGUAUAUUGAUGAAACAUGGAAAGAUGGUCCUAAACUGCUUCCAAGUGAUUCUUACAAACGAGCCCAAGCUCGAUUCUGGUGUCAUUUCAUCCAGGAUCAGUUAAUGGAGAGCACUUUUCUAGUAGUCAAAACUGAUGGAGAAGCACAACAAAAGGCCAUUGACCACGUGUAUGAGAAACUGAAAGUGCUAGAAGAUGGAAUGAAGACCUAUCUGGGAGAAGGCAAUGCUAUUAUUUCUGGUGUUGAAAACAACUUUGGAAUCCUUGACAUUGUGUUUUGUGCUUUAUAUGGUGCCUACAAGGCUCAUGAAGAAGUUAUUGGCCUCAAGUUCAUAGUGCCAGAAAAGUUUCCUGUGUUGUUUUCUUGGUUGAUGGCUAUUGCUGAGGUUGAAGCUGUGAAAAUUGCAACUCCUCCACAUGAAAAAACAGUGGGAAUUCUUCAGUUGUUCAGGCUGUCUGCACUGAAAUCUUCUUCUGCCACAGAAUGAUAUAUACUUCAACACUUUAAUAGACUGUCCAUCGUUUGCUUCUUCUGCGAGUCUUUAGUGUAUGUAUCUUUCAAUAACAGGAUGAGUAACACCUGAGUAUGUAAAGCGUGAUGAUAUAGAGAUAUACCUCUAUAUAUCAAAUACUCUUCUAUAAACACUUCUUUCUUUCCUUAUCAUGUGAUAUCGUUUAUCAUAUUUAUACUUA